GUUUCAAAUUUAUUUUAUUUUAUAUUUUAUAUUUUUCUUUCCAUUCAUUUUGAAAAUAUUAUUAUUAUAUUAUUUUGUGAUGAUUGUUUGUCUUCAUCCUUAAAUUUUAGAACCAAAAAACAAUGUGUCCACGUAGGAACAUUGAAACAUGAAGAAGAACAAAAAUGCAACAAAACAAAGAGAAACAUUAUACAAAUUUUCUUUGUUUGUGAGAUCCAACCUUGAAUUCAUGUCUUGAUGUUGCUCCAAUGUUGUUUUCCCAAAGGCCAUAAUUGAACCUUCAUGUGUGCUGCGGAGUUUGGUUCAUUUGGCUUGUUGGUUAGAAUUGCUUAUUAGUGUUAUCAUAGUUACUUUUGCAUUUUGUAAAUAAUUUGAGACUCGUCGAGAUUAAGUUGGAUUUGAAACUGUGUACAAGAUUUGUUGCUGCUGUAAGUAUCUAUAGAUUUAUCUUCCUUGUUUUAGUUAUAGUGAAGUUGCUAUUGGAUGUUGAGCAUGUUGAUGUUGAAUUCAUGUUCAAACCCUAGGUGUCAUUAGGGACAAUGAAUUCGAUGUGAGUUUGUGGGUUAUUAUUCUUCUGUUUAUACUUCUGGUUUUAGCACCGUGAUUUUUUUUGUCUUAACCCUCCGGUUCUGAAGGGAAGAGGAACGCCUGGAUAUUUAGCAGUGUAAAUUGUGGAAAGAAUUUGCAGCGGUGAUUAUGGCCUUAAAUAAGACAGGAAACUUGUUAGGUACCAAUGCCGGAGACGAGCAUGGCUUGUUUCCUCAAUACAACCAACAAGAGUUACACAGCGGUAUUACAAAUGUACAUCAUAAUAAUAUCCCUAAACAUGUUGGGGGGAAAAAUGCGGUGAAUUUUGUUCAUGAUGGAAGAGUUUCUGUUUCACCCGAUAUACCUCAAAAUCGCGAGAAUAGGUUUGGAUUGAAUAAGGAGAACGGCCGUGUUAGAUACGAAGACCUCACCAAUAUUUUAGGGUUGAAGAGAAUGGACUCUGAGACUUCUUCUGAGAUAGGUGAUUUUAUCCCUAAAAGACAGCCAGCAGCACAAGAGAUUGAAAACGGCGUUUCUCCUAACAUUUUUUGCAAAACUCAAAAGGGAGAUGGCGACAACAGUGGCCGUGGUGCGUUGAAGAAGAGCUUUAGCGAAAAAUUUAGUGACCAACAUGGUACUAGGCCACCUGUAUCACCGCCUAUUUGCAGACAUGAAAGAUCUCAUUCCAAUGGAUUUUCUGGUUCUGGACUUUUAGACGAUACUUUAUCUUCUGGGAAAAUAAAGUUUCUUUGCAGCUUUGGUGGAAAAAUAUUACCAAGGCCCGGUGAUAGUAAACUCAGAUAUGUUGGCGGAGAAACCCACAUUAUAUCUAUCCGAAAGGAUAUUUUAUGGGAAGAGCUUAUGAACAAGACUUUAGGUAUUUGCAGUCAACCUCACACGAUCAAAUACCAGCUUCCGGGGGAGGAUCUUGAUGCUCUAAUAUCGGUUUCCUCUGAUGAAGAUCUUCAAAAUAUGAUAGAGGAAUAUCAUGGACUUGAAAGUCACGAAGGUUCUCAGAAACUUCGAAUAUUUUUAGUUCCUUUGGGUGAAUCUGAAGAGACAUCAUCUACCGAGGCAAACACCGUUCUGCAGAAUGAUCCUGAUUACCAAUACGUUGUUGCUUUAAACGGCGUAAUAGACCCUAGUCCUAAGAAAAACACCGGUGGACAGAGUUUGAUAAACGAAGCAAAUCAGCCAGUGACAACUUUCAAUUUUACUCCAAUAAUUGUGGCUUCUACUUUGGAGACCAGGGACGGUAAUAAACGUAUUCAUGCUUUAAAUCCAGAUGGAAUUUUGAAUGAUCCCUUAAAUCUUCAAAGUGCAUUGCGAAUUUCUCCUACUCCGGUUCAAGUUGCAGGUUCUAGUACAGGUUAUGUUCAAUUGCUUGGUAACAACUCAUGCCAGGGAAGUAUUGACAGCAAUGCAUCAUAUGUUACCGCUCAGGUAGACUCCGGAAACUCGAGCAUAAACGCUGCUGAUUGCCGAUACCCUCAACAAGAAUCUGUUACCUUGUUAAGUGACGGUCAUCCUCGUCAACAUGGUGACGUUGGUCAGCCGAAGAAUCUCAAUGGACAGUAUUUUGACAACUACAAUCCAGGCAAUGGUUACAGUGAUGAAGUUUUUGGUGGAACCUUGCAUAACGAUAGAAUACUCCGCUCUGGAAAUCCGAUUGCUCAACCGGCCGAAUCAUAUGGAAUUAAUAAUGAUCCGCCUCAUGGGAUGCCUCAUGCUUUUUCUGAUUCGCAGUUGCAUGAGAGUGGAGCAAGGUCUGGUUACCGCUCACAAGAAGGAAUUGCCCCGUCUUUCUCCUUGAACCUUGAUAAGUCCCAAUUAUCUUCGAUGUUAGGUAUCUCACAAGUGAACCAUAUGGAGGGUCAACAUGAUCCCUUCCUCCAUGAUCCUCAAAUACAAAGUAAGAUACCAAAUGUGGAGUCAGCUGAGAUGCAUAGACGGCAAGUUAUGGCAUCUUCAUCUCCCUACUCGGAAUCAGUAGGAAUGAAUGAUCGUAUUAAUAAGGAUAGCAUUUUAACUGACAAAAAGUACCUUAAUGCUCAAACUGACUUAAGUGGAUCCGGCUUUGUAGAAAAGAACAUCCAGGAACAUUCUUUUAAAUCAGAAAGGAUGAUGAGAAAUGAAGAAAAUAAUCAUAUUCCGAAGAAGGAUAACAAGGUUUACGAGGGAAAUUCAACUGUCAAUUAUAUGAGUGAAUUGCAUCUUUUGGAUACAUUCCCUACUAAUGAUAUAUGUGCUAAGAUUGGUAUGCAAAAUAAUCGGGAACAACCUUGUGAGGACAUGCAUCCUUCGACAUCAGGCAUGAUGGGACUCUCUCUAAAUAACCUUGUGGACAAGACCCCGUCUGAUCUGAAUCGUAAACAAGGAAAUGAUUUUUCAGCCAGAAACAUUGAUUUAAAUGCUCCGAUCUUAAUACAUCCAGAAAGCUCGUGUGGCAAAAGUUCUGAAAGGGAUCAUAUGUUCAAUUUUUCCUUUGAUCCACAUUCUCUUAAAUCGGCACAAAUUCAGCCUUCUCAUAAUCAGACCACUAAAGUUUUUCAUGAUAAUCCAACAAUAAACUCGGAAAGUUUGUAUCCUGCUGUAGUUCAUGAUGAUGUCCCUCCAAGCUUAAACUUGCCGGUUAGUGACCUGGAUAAUGCAAGCAACAAUAUUUCUUUUAUGAAGGCGCCUUCUUUUCUCGAUGACUGGCUUACAAGCACUGAUCAAAUGGCUGUUCAGUUUAAACACGAACAUUCUGCCUCCGGACUGUCAAAAGUUGAAGAUGUAAUUUUAGGACAAUCGAAAAAUUCAGAAAGGUGUAAUGAAGAUGUGACUGGUGUUGUUCCUUCACAUCAAAAGUCUUCAAUAGUACACACCCCGCAUAAUUUUGAUGAAGGUGAAAGUGAUGUAUCUCCAUCUCAUACGGAAGUAGAGAGCACCAUUCUAGAGUCUGAUCUCGAGGAUUUUAAAGACGACCAAACCGAAAUGAAUGACUUCCUUUCUGAUGUAAUGAUAGCAGAAAUGGAGGCGAGCAUAUAUGGUUUGCAGAUAAUUAAGAAUGUUGAUCUUGAAGAACUUAUGGAGUUAGGAUCUGGUACCUAUGGAACUGUUUAUCAUGGAAAAUGGCGAGGAACAGAUGUUGCAAUCAAGAGAAUUAAAAAGAGCUGCUUUGCAGGGAGAUCUUCUGAACAAGAACGGUUGGCAAAAGAUUUCUGGAGAGAGGCACAGAUCCUGUCAAAUCUUCACCAUCCCAAUGUGCUCGCAUUUUAUGGAAUCGUACCGGACGGAGAUGGUGGAACCUUAGCAACUGUAACAGAAUAUAUGGUUAAUGGUUCCCUUAGGCAUGUCCUUGUCAAGAACAACAGAUUACUAGAUCGUCGUAAAAAGCUUAUAAUUGCCAUGGAUGCAGCUUUUGGUAUGGAAUAUUUGCAUUCGAAGAAUAUUGUCCAUUUCGAUUUGAAGUGUGACAAUUUACUUGUCAAUCUAAGGGAUCCACAACGACCCAUAUGCAAGGUUGGAGAUUUUGGAUUAUCAAGAAUUAAACGCAAUACCCUUGUAUCUGGGGGUGUGCGAGGAACCCUUCCAUGGAUGGCACCAGAGCUGUUGAAUGGUAAUAGCAGUCGAGUUUCCGAAAAGGUUGAUGUUUUCUCGUUUGGCAUCUCAAUGUGGGAGCUAUUGACAGGAGAGGAACCUUAUGCAGAUAUGCAUUGUGGUGCCAUUAUUGGCGGAAUUGUAAAGAACACACUCCGACCACCAAUUCCAGAACGAUGUGAUCCUGAAUGGAGGAAGCUUAUGGAAGAAUGUUGGUCACGUGACCCCGAAUGUCGACCAUCAUUCACCGAGAUAACAAGCAGGUUAAGAUCUAUGUCUAUGGCCAAUCAACAAGGAAAGGGUAAUUAUCAGGCAUGGCAGUUGAGACCUAGUAAUGAAUUUUGAUUGUACAUAAUAUGGUUAAGAAAGCAGUCGAGACUAGGAUCGGCAUGCUUCGAGGGUUACCACGCACGACACUUACCUAUUGUUUAUUGUGAUUUAUAUUAGUUAAUAUAUAUUCAUUUGUUUAUUCUUUCUUGUAAAAGUUGAGAGAGGUUUUGAGAUUAUAUGGUAUAGUUUUUUAGAUAUAUCAAUUUUGUAUUUGGUGCAAGAUCCAACAUUUUGAAAGAUAUAUAUAGAAAGAAAAGGUGUCUUUGGUAUAUAUGUACACAACAAUGCUUGUAAUAUAUGAUUGUUUAGCUUAAUAUAAUGUGAGUAUCCUUUCUUUAUCAUGCA